AUGGCCGCCUGGCGCAGUACGAUGGGCAUUGUGGUUUUUGAGGUUGACGACACACUGUCUGGAUACAACGAGAAGCACAUUGACAAUAUCAAUCAGCUCAAGGGCAUGAUCAAGCGUUUGCCUCAAAAGAAGGAUGUCAGUUUUCGCAUCGACAUGGGGCGCUAUAUCAACGAGAAGCUCGACCCGAUAGAGCUGAAGCGGGGCCAGACGAGGCUACAACUGCUUCACUGUUACAGUGCCUUCUGUAGUGCCGCGAUGCAGGAUAUUUCCGACACCAACUCCGCAGUUCGACGUCUCCAGGCGGCUGCAGAUCUUGGUCUGCGUAUCGUGCCAGUCCCGCCGGGCGCGGCCAGAGUUGCCAGUGUCAGCGACGGCAGUUUCGUCGCGGACAGGGAGACGGGAGCGAGGCAGCGGCCGGCGCGCCGUUGCCAGGGCAGCCGCGCCCGGCGAGCGAUGCCGCUGGGGCUCCGGCUCUGCCUUCUGGCGCCGCUGGCGGACGACGCGGGCGGGAAGAAUAUCGGGAGCCUUGAGACGGGGGUCAGCCAGAGCGCCGACCUGUGCCACCUCCUGGUGCUGGCCCACUCCUUGGAGGUCGCAGACUACGUGUCCGAGGAGUAUUUUCCGGGGCUGCACCUGCUGGACGUGGGGCAGGGCGAGGUCCGCGUCUACAAAGAUUGCCAGAGGCCCAAGGAGGGGGCUUCGCCCAUCGCCGUCCGCGCGGACUGGGAGACGAUGUCCGCGGCGCGCAGAGCCUUCGAG